UCCUCCCGAUGACAAAAUUGGACCCUCAGUAGCGUGGGUCGUUCUAAGCUAGGGACAAUGGUUGUAAAAACCCUUGUUCAAAUUUUACUUUAAGAAACACGACCCUAAAAGUAUCCAUCAAGUUCUCGGUUAUUUUUGAGAUAAAUCGUGGUGGAGCAUCACUUAGAGAGGAUCAGCCUUUGCGAUAUUUGGAUUUUCGUGGCGAUCGUCUCGGGACCCCGGGUAGUCUGAUACCAGAGCUCAACCGGCCGGUGGAUUCCAUUGUCUGCCGAACAUCGUCGUCCUAACAGCUCAAGAGGAUCGUGAAGUGUCUCGGUGGUUGGCGUAGUCGUGGGGAGUGUCAUGAGCCGUUCGAGGUUCCAUCAUCGAGCGACAUUAUUAUGAAUCUGUUCAACGGCGCCAACUUAACCCCACAGAUCACUUCAGUUACGAAGAUGAAGAGGAGAAGCUGUGGUCGAGACAAUUCGUCCACCUCGUCAUCACGUGUAACGGGGAUUGACAUUUUGCAGAGGAUAUCAAAUGGCGAAAGUUUGAAGACUCCUGGGAAAAGCGAUAGCGAGAAUUCCUUACCUCGUGAUGUUAUAUCAUCAUGGACCCAACAAGUGAAUUCAGCAAUAAUUCCGGUUUCUAGUUCAGAUCCAGAGGAGAGUACAUCACUGAAGAGAGAUGCAGGUAAUCAUACUCCCGAUCCCAAGGAAAAACGGAAGGUUCGAAAAUCCCUGCAAUUCACAUUAUCCCGAGAGCCUCAAGAGAAAUUCGGUGAUCCCCCAAAGCAGUGGAAAUACCGGAGAUCAAGUCCUCGAGGGACUCCCUCCCAGCCCCUGUCCCCCAAAUCCCGAUCAGUGGAGAGGAGUAUAUCCAAAGCAGUUCAUCGUAUGCGGAAAAUUCGCGCGAAAAAUAACUUGGAUAACAAAGAGGAUCUGGAAAAGGGUUCCUUCACGAUCCCUACAACGCCAACAAACCGACGAACUGCCCUCCACGAUGAUCCAAUCAUUCACACGAGUGAUGAUGACAUAAUCGUGGACAAGGAUGAGACGUCACCUGAGAUGUCUAACACCCCCACAUGUGACUUAGCCUCACAAUUUUCAUCUUCCAAUCUCUCACCAGCUCCCUCAUCAGCUUUUAUCGAUGUGUCUGAUGAUGAGAGCUCUUUGCCACUUGCUAAGCUCUUAAUUCAUGAUCGAAAUGACGAUAAUGUCAGUGACAUCCAGACCAUCGAGAGCAGUGAGAACGAAUUGGACAAUAAGAUGCCGAUCACUUCGCAUGUGAAGACUAUGCCACGAACAAGGAGUCAAAGACAUAGAAAUACAUCAGACAGAGACGAUGACUGCGUUAUCGUGGAAGUUUUACCACGAACAGCAGAGAUUCCCAAAAUGAAUGCUUCUCUUCAGGAGCAGGAAGAUCGGCCGGGCAUUGAGACGUUUGAUCAACCGAAACGCUUCCGCCAGCAUAUUCCUGGGGGAAGUGAGAAAGACGUCUGUGGGGUGGAUCAACAGAUGUUGAAGCUAGAAGACCGAGCUCGAGAGGAUCAAGUCUCUUCAGAUUUGGACAUCAAACCGCACAAGGAACACCUGAUUAAGCCGUGCUGGGUGAAUCUUGGAGCUGAUAAGAAGGACAUUGAACAGCAUUUUUUGCAGAAAAAAAGAGAUAAAGAGUUGAAAGAAGUUGAGCGGAUUGAGGAUAGUCCCCUGGAGCAUCAAGAUGUGCCUGAGGUGCCGAAUGAAGAGGCCACAUCAGCUAGUGUCGAUAGUAGCAGUCAUAAGACAGUAGAGAAGAGGGAGGAGGACGAGGAGAUUGUUCCUAAGGUGGAGAAGCAACUCAGUGUGGAGAAGAAAAAACGAGGGAGGAAAGCUGGGGUUCAGCUGACUUUGACGGUUGCGAAGAGCAGCAGUAGCAGUGAUAAACCACCUGAGGACGGUGAUAAAAUGAAGGUUGAGGAGCCUGGAGUGGAGAGCCAGGUCAGUGGGGAGAAGAAGAAACGUGGGAGAAAACCUGGGUUCAAGCUGAAACCCAAGGUGAAAAACAAACCGCAGAUGCCUAUUCCACCGCCUCAAAUAUCUUAUCAGCACUCCAGUAUUGUUGGUGGAAUUAUUUUUAAUACUAUGUCGAAGACUCAGGCCGAUGCCAAGGCCUUGAAAUCAGGGGAAUCUCGACCCGUUGAGAAGAAGAAACGGGGGAGAAAACCUGGGGGAAAGAAUAAACCGAAAGUUGACCGCGGGAGAGACUUGAAGACCAUCGUUAAGAGACCGAAGAGACAGAACCAUUGGAAAUCCAAACUGAAUAUUAAUAACAACGAAAUUGUGGUGCCACAGUGCUGCUUUGAGAGAACCUGCUGUCACGUGGCUGGUUGCUCUCAUGGAAAUAAUCACAAGAAAUUGGGAAGACUUCCUUCAUUGCCGGAAAAUACUGAUUUCUUUUUCGUUGAGCAGUUGUAUCAGGAUAAUGUUCAAAAAAUCAAGGAGAGAAUGCUGGCGGAGGGGAGCAAUGGUGGGACUGCGGCUGAAACGUCUGAGGGGAACGAUCGAAACGCUGACGAAGUACCGAAAGCAAUAAUUCAAUUCCCCCUGGAGGUGGUUGCAAACGGAGAAAAAUCGACUGGAAAAGAAGUCCUGGGUUUUACAGUCCCUUUACAGCCUUGUCUGUCCAAAGUGGACGUUCCAAAUUCGGAAAAUCUUCAAGUAGAGAGUCCCAAGCCUAAGAUUGUCCAGGACGAGAUGUUACCGAAGGGAACGAUCAACCACGUGCGCCCAAAGCAACUGAAUGCCGUGAUUCCCCCUUCCACCGACUCCCCCGGUCCUUCAAAGCGUGAGAACUUUGGAAUAAGAUCGACAAUACCUUCACGAAGGUGUCUCAACCCCUCAGCAGACACCAAGGCCAUCAAUGAAAAAAUCUUGUCAACUUUUUCCAAAAUUUGGAGCAAGAUUCCUGAGAUAGCAGCUCUCAUGGAAUCUCCAUUGAAGGAUAUUUGUCCUGACGAAUCUUCUGAUGCAGGCACCAUGGAGCACGUCGAGGAACUCGUGGAGAUGAGGCCCUCAGAGAGACGUAAAUCGCAUUUGUCUGAUUCCAUCAACAACACUGAUCUAAAAAACGGCCAUGUGAAGACAUCGGCGGUGUUAAAUGGGCUUUUUAGUGACCCUCACCUGCUCCUGUCUUCGGGAAAAGGCCAUCAGGAGUCCGACAGAUCAGAAACCACUCAACAAACCAGUGGGAAAGCACUCGAAAAAAAAUUGAAGAACAAACCGACGACUAUGUCACGUCUAUCGAAGGAGAAAGUGGCGCUGAUGGACAAGUCCACAGAUGCCCAGGAUGGUAUUGACGUCAUGUCCCAUAUCAUGAGACAGAUGCAGAUGCCGGGGAAGCCGGUCUUUCCCCCGCUGGCUCCGGUAAGUCCUCCAAAAGUGUCUAAAAAAUCCUCCGAAGUCUCGAACAAGCGCGAGAACUCCCUCACAAGUGUCAACAGUCGCAAGAGAGUCGCCGAGACGAGUGUCGAGAGUCUGGAGACGAAGAAGAAGAAGGUGGGGGGCCAGUGGAGUCUGAAUGACCCCGACACUCAGUCAGCGACGUCCCUUGAAACUCGUCUCUCGGACUUCGCCAGCCAUCCCAGUCGUUCUAGCUAUCUCCUGAGCAUUAUCGACAGAAAGACUCCUACCGGAAAGGAAGAGCUCAUCCAGGCCUGGCUCAGCAAGGAUGCUGGAGACUCAAAGGACUCUGAGGACUCCACGUCCAUCGAGAAUGCGCACUCUCCGCACUCGGCGAAGACGUGCGUGAGAACUCCCAAGAGGGACGAUGAUACUGAUAGGGAGGAGACUGUGGACGUGUCUAUGGAGCGCCCCAACGAUUCUCAGGAGGGAAUUGACGAGUGCGGAAGGGACUCGGAGAAAGACGAGCUUACUCGCGCCAUUGGAGCAACUGAUCUCUGCUCGGCCUCAUCCUCUUCUAACACGGUUUCAAAUUCUCUGGUCAGCUCAUCUGGUAUUGGAACUGAGCAGGAGAAACAGAGCUCCGUCGAAGCUGGCGAUGGAGACGAUGAGGCUCAGGUCUCGACGGCAUCAGUAUCUCAGGGGGUCGAGGGUAACAAUAACAGUGAUGAUGAUGGUAAGGAAGACGAGGACGCCCUCUUCCUGGAUGUUGACGAUGACGAUUAUAUGAUGGAGGAACCCCCGGAAAAAAAAGACAACAAAGGGGUCAAGGUGAGGCAGCCUCCAAAGAUGUCCUCCCCAAUCCGCGCAGAUCCUCCAGCUGUAAUAAAUCCGAACGAGUCCCCGAGGAGGAGGACCGCUAGUUUGAAAAUUCCCGUCGUGGACUCCAGUAGAAAAUCAUCACAAGCACCAGCCAAACUCACUGACUGGGACGAGGACGAUGCAGCGACAUCUGGUCUCUACGAGAUGUCCAAUGUCGACCGAUACUGCAGUCAAACUCGUCGUGAAUUCAGCAUUGAAUAUUCAAGAGUAGAUGAUCCUGAUGCAUACGACCCCGGCGAUGUUGACGAUGUUUACGAGCCAGUGCAGUCACAGGGGGAGCGUAUAUUGUUUCCCAAGGAUGCAGCUCAAUUUUUCCGAGGUCUCUGCUAUGCCUAUUUAAAGAAGGGCACAUGCACCAGACUGGACUGUCCCUUCGACAACAAUAAAUAUUCUUAUUACCUGCAGAAUCUCCCGAAGGCCCCACCUGCUAUCAUAGAAAUAGUCCUCAAUUAUGCUAUCAAACAACAGUAUUAUCACGCCCUCUCGGACAUCUACCCAGAGGCGGUUAAAGCACUGCCACUGCAACCAAUUCAACGAGUCUGCGCAAAAAUUCGCGUUGAUGCCGAAAAUCACAAGACGAAGGCCCAAAUAAAUUAUCAGGCUUACAGAUUCUAUCAGGAAUCUAUGAAGCCGACUGUGGCAGCUCUCUCCGAGAAAAAUCACUCCCCAGCUACGAUAAUCGAUAUACUGUCCAAGGGAUAUCUCCUCCGGGACGACGAUGACAUGAAAAAAUUAAUGAGAGUUCUGAUUGCUUCGAAGAAAAUUCCCCCUGGGCAUCACUGGGAUACUUUCAAGGAUUUGAUAAAGUUAUUGAAGUCAAGUCCACCCCAGUUUUUGGUCAGUUUGAUCCUGGAUGACUGCAUAAGGUUUGACAAGUCCAGGGAGUACUUGGCGAAUGUGUACGAGCACGUCAUCAAGAGAAUUCCAGAGCCAACGCUUCAGGGAAUUGAUGCAGGACUUUUGAGGCCUUUCAGGCAGUUCUCGGAGGCGCUGGACAAGUCGCUCAACAGGGCGACUGUCGCCAAGGAAACUAGCAGGGGGAAUACGACACCAAUGCCUGAUGUCGAGAUGGGUUUUCAUGAGGAACAGCAUUGCCCACAAAUUGCCUCCCCUGACGAUGUUCCCCGGGAUGAUCACUAUCUGGGAAAGAAGGAGAAGGAGAUGACGAUCUCAGAUCCUCGAAGGAGGAGUGUUAAAGACAGAUUGGGAACCAGAGACGCCUUAAUCAGGCCGAGGACGGGCCCGACGCGGGAGCGUCUAGAUUUGAUCCCCAUAGAUCGGAUCAGCAGGCCCAACUCUCUCUACAGGGAAUUCCUCUGGCCCCUCCACUGCGAUCUCAAGACAAUUCAACUGAGCUUGAAGCAUAGAGCCUACGAUAGGGUCAUUGAAACUCUCAGCAGCGCUAAAAAACGAAUAUCAAUUGGGACUCAACCAUUUGCCAAAGGAUUCUAUCACAUACUGUGCAAAGAAAUCAUUACGUCGGCUGAUCAUUUGGAGGCAAUUAUCAAACGUUCAGUUCAGACCAGACGUUACAAAGUCCUUCCUGUAUUGUUCGAAGUGGGAACGUACUUAUUAAUCAAAUUAACUAAUGAUGGACUGUGGAUAAUUGCUUAUCGUUUGUUGAGAAUCUUGCGGCGAUUGUAUGGAAUCAAAGAGGCCCCCAAAUAUUAUUUUUUCAUUGCUGAUAUUUUCAUUGGCAAUCGUCGACCGUUGCAGGCACUUGCUCUGUUGAAUCAAUAUAAACUGAUCUCCAAGCAUCGAAAUAAAUGGACUCUCAGGAGUCACUCACAGGACAAAUCCCUGAGGAUAUUGGUCCUGGGGAAUUUGAUAACGAGUUUAUGCCGAGAAUGUCCUCGUGACGCAUUCAAAUUAUUUAAGAAGGUCCUGCAACAACAGAUCACCUCCUAUGAACCCAUCGAUUUAUCGAAGUGCGCCGAUGAAAUAUGUAAAUCAUUGCUAGUAGCCAAUAAAACAGAAGAAUUAAUUAAAAUGGCGAAUUUAAUCGUUCAACGGAAUUUGAAUAUUCGACGAGCAACACUGCGAACACUCAUUGCGACAGUAUUUCACUCGGACAUUUGUUUAUCUCGACAGUUGCAUCAAUAUGCAACAUUGAUCGGUUUAUAUCCAGUAAUCAAUAUUCACCCUCUCACCUGCAGUCGUGUCGAUUGCGGUUGGACCGAGGAGGAGAUGUUUCUCCAAAUUUUUUCUCUCUUUAGAAAUAUCAGAGACAGUCUUGGUUCCGCGGUUGACCGUAUCAUUCCAGAGAGAAUGCUUAUUUAUUUAAAUUUUGAAAUAACUGCGGAUUUCGGCGGCCGUCGAAUUAUUACUCAUGAAUACAAUGGAAUCAUUUUGACUCGUGCCAAGGAGAGAAUGGACCGGGCUCUAAAACGUUUCAAUUCGCCCAUCAAUAUUGCCCAGGACCUUGAGAGGAUCCUGAAACUUUCCAGUGAAACUGUUGCCACUUUAAUCAAUUCAGAGGAUUUUAUUCGCUUGGCGGAAACGAGAAGAUAAUUGAAUUUUCAUUUUACGUUUUAAAAUACGGAUGAACUGUUUUCAUCAGUCUUUUUUCAUUUUUGUUAAAAUUUGCAAUGAACUUGGAGAGAUUCGGAUUUUUAAAACAUUUCAUUAAUCACUUCAUCACUUUUAUGAACUUUUAUUACAUCAAUCAAACCAGAUUUUUUUCCAAUAAUAGUAAUUCAUCUCCUCAAGGACAUAAUUUUUUUUCUGCGUCCCUUUCUAUUUUAAUGUCAACAGGUUGUGUUCUUAUUUUUUUUAAUUUUCAGUCAUUUAAUGGGAACAACGUUUUCAGAAGUUUUAUUCCACUUAUUUAAUUUCUAUCAUUAUUAU